AUGGCUGAAGCUGGUCGCUACGCCAGGGAAGGGUUAUCACUCUUCAAAGAAGGAACUUACCAACCCUCGAGACGCCCGGUCUUUAUUUUGUUCAAGGUCAAAGGCUUGCUAGUUCACCGGCUUACCAACAGCUUGUUGGCUAAUUCGGCCGAUGAGGAUGGUGCGCUUGGUGUGGUCUGUGACAAUGUUGAUCCUAGAUGCGACUAUGGCAGCAGUGAUGUGGCAUUGAAUCUACCCAGGCUGUCCAAAUUAGCCGGGGGAGGUCGGCGAGGAAGCCGAGCGGUUGAUUGGACUCCUGAACGAGGUAAUUGUCCGUGCGGGAAGCGGGUUGAUGCGGAUGAUUUGGGGGGUGACUUGGGGGGGCUCCCAAAGAGGCAACGUGUUUUGGCGGGGAGGAGAAUUCGGAGGAAUGUCUGCCGCCUGACAUCAUCAUCUUCUGCUCGCGGUCUUGCACUGUCUGCUGAAGGAGGACACGACUCCAUUCAGUAUCUGGAAGCAAUAUGGCCAUGGGCAAUACCAAGCACCUUCAAUUCUCGGGAAAUAGAUGAUGUGCCUGUCCAUUGUUUCUCGGGUCGUGGUCGGAAUUAA